AUGCUUUCCAUUUUGCUGUCGGAUUGCGGGUUUGCUGCCCACUCAGUGUUCAUUUGUAUCGAAUGGCGUCCAUUUCUCACUUGCAGGCUGUCCCUUGCAGUAUUGCUCUACAAAAGGCACAGCACACGGCAGUGUUGGUGCAGAAACGAGUUUGCACCCUUGAGUUGCUACUCAGUUGUGUGCUUGACACCUGCUUGGACGCAGAACAAGGAGAUGGUCUUGGCGGAGCUGCGAAAGGCGCUUCACAUAUCUGAUGAAAAGCAUGAGGAGCUGAUGGAAUUCGUCAUGCAAGGCGAAAAUCCUGACCGGGCCUGA